UUAGUAGUUUGAAAACCAUCUUACGUGUCGAGAUUUAAUUGGACGAGUGACCAGAACUCUCCAAUCACAGACUGAAACGUGUAAAAAGAGAAAGGUUGUACAACGACGCCGUUUCCAGUUUCGGCAAGCACGUUGAGAUUAAAAAUCAGCCGCUGCGUGUCGUGUUUCAUAUUUUUCGUCAAAUUUCCGAGAAGAGCCAGUCACAAAGAUGAGAUUACCAUCGUUGAGGCAUGCUUUGGUGUUCGUGUUAAUUGGGGCAUUGUGGAACUUGCAGAGGUCGGAGGGUAUUCGAUUUGUGAUAGACAGGGACGAGUGUUUCUCCCAUGAUGUCAAGUACGAGGGUGACACUGUUCAUGUCUCUUUCGUUGUUAUCAAGGCUGAUUCUCCCUGGCAUUAUGGCGACGAAGGUGUCGAUCUCGUGGUAAAGGGUCCCUCUGGUGAGCAAAUUCAAGAUUUUCGGGACAAGACCAGUGACAAGUUUGACUUCGUGGCUCACAAAUCAGGGGUUCAUAAGUUCUGCUUCACUAACAAGUCUCCUUAUCAUGAAACUGUCGAUUUUGAUGUACAUGUUGGACACUUCUCUUACUUUGAGCAGCAUGCAAAAGAUGAGCAUUUUACCCCCUUGCUGGAGCAAAUAGGAAAGUUGGAGGAAGCUCUAUACAACAUUCAGUUUGAACAGCAUUGGUUAGAGGCUCAGACUGAUCGCCAAGCAAUAGUGAACGAUGCAAUGAGCCGAAGAGCAGUACACAAGGCAAUUUUUGAAUCAGCCGCACUGAUUGGGGCUAGUGCGAUUCAAGUCUACCUUCUACAGCGAUUGUUUGAACGAAAACUGGGUACCUCAAGAGUUUAGAGCUUCCAAAUGUAUUCAGAACCUGUAACAGUACAGACGAUAAUGAUAUUUUGAACUUUUUUUCUUCUGUUUUCAUCACUUGGAUAUUUAUAUAACUAGUUCUACAUAUAAUACCUGUGGAAAGAUGUUAUUUAAUGUUAAUUAUAGUUCAUUUCA